AUAUAGGCUUUUCAGUCGCAGGAGGGAGAGGCGAUUGAUUGUAGGCUACGGCAAGAGAGCUGCUCUUCUGACCAACACACAAAGGGAUAUCGAGAAUCGCAACUAUGGGCGUCAAAUUAUAUUAUACCACCGUUACUGCAUCCAGAGAGGUGAAGUCUCAGCAGGCGGAGGUGAUGAGGAUCCUGGAGAGUAAGAGCAUCCAGUAUGAGCUGAUUGACAUCUCAGUGGGCGGAGAGGUCAGGGACGAGAUGAGAAGCAAGGCAGGGAACCCCACGGCUGUCCCGCCACAGAUCUUCAAUGAGGACCAGUACUGUGGGAACUAUGACAUGUUUUCGGACGCAGUGGAGGAGGACAAAGUGCAACAAUUUCUGAAGAUGGCGUGUUGAGGAAGAGUUGUGUGUCUUCCCCCCCAGGGCAGGCCCGUUGACUAACCCCCUGCCCGCUGGCGGUGCUCACCCUCCUUUGUCUCAAUGCCGUGAUAAAUGCCAAAUACAACCAACCAAUCAAGACACACACUCACACACACACACACACACACACACACACACACACACACACACACACACACACACACACACACCUGUUCCCACCCCACUGGACACUUACCUAACCACUGUUAAUAUAACUGUUUGUUUUAUACAGCACUUAUUAUGCUCCCUCUGUUUUCUUCGUCAUUGUUUCCCUUUGUGGUCCUUCCUGGUCAGGCCCUGGGUUCAAAUGCUUUUAAAUCAUUUCAAAUACUAAAGUUGUGCUUGAUUUAAGCGUUCCUGUUGCAAUUGAACCAAUAGAAAAGGCUAAAAAGGCCAAACCCCACCCACCUGGCACUCCAUGCAGACUAAAGAAAAUGCUCAAAGAUUUGGAAUGGUAUUUGAACCCAGGUCUGCCUGUGUUCAUGUCACUAAUCAGUCUUAGUCUGCUCUGUGGGAUCAGUGGAACUGCUCAAUCUAGAUGUGUGGUAAUUAGGUCAGGUAAUCUGGGCUGCCUACGUGUGAUUAAUGAAGAUCCACUAAUCCAGAGGCUAACAUUACCAGAAAUCUAUGUUCAUGAUCGUUCCCUUGCCCAAGAGGAGAAAUGUACUUUUUAUUCCCUAUAUUGUGGACUACUUUUGGCCACAGUCCUAGUCAAAUGUAAUGUACUAUGGCUGCGUUUACACAGGCAGCCCAAAUCUGAUCAUUUCUUUUCAGUGAUUGGUCUUUAAACCAGUCACAUCAGAUCUUUUUCAGAGCUGAUCUGAUUGGUCAAAGACCAAUAAAUUAAACAAGCUCAGAAUCAGGCUGCCUGUCUAAAUGCAGCCCAUGUAGAGAAUAGGGGUGCCAUUUCAGACCAAACAAACAGAAUGCUUGGUUAUUAUCACUUAAUCUUAUUAACAGUGUUUUUUGAUUUUUUUCUUACCUGGCCUUCUUGAUUCUCAUGUUGUUCAUAUCGACAGACAGAAGCCAUUUUGAUACAUAAUUGUAGGUGAAUGUAGUCUGGAGAAUGUGGAAGCCAACAAUCACAGAACCUUAAAGACAUGUGAAUUGUGGUAGAGACAGAAUAAGAAAAUUGGAUUCUACUUUGGUCCAAAACAUUUCAAUGCUUAACAGACUAAUGGUGUCAAAGGUCCAUGCUGGAAAGGUGACUCCACUGUGGAGAGUUACAGAAGAUAGGAAAACAGACAGCAUUCCAUAGUGUUGAAAUUGGUGCCAAUAAAUGUGUUUUACAGAUGGAUAGUCAGCUUUGACCUCUCAAUAUAGUCUUAUUUUACUCUCUGUUAAUGCAUUCCAAAGAGACCUCUUACAUUUGCUGGGAAUGGCCUGAUCCUCAAUCUUUGGUCUUCCAGAAAUAGACAUGUGAUGGGACAUUAGGGGACAUGUUAUGGGACAUGUAGUGCCAGUAACGUUACACUGUUACUGGCACUACAGCUGUACAUCCUUACUAUAAGAGAGCUGAGCUUGAGUAAUAGAGACCCUGAAUUUAGAAUCUGUUGACUGUUUAGGAUCUUCAUUCCUGAUCUAGCUGUGAUGUCCAUCUCCAUCCAGCUUGAAGAUACAAUAGAUAACUAUGCACUUAACUCUGCCUCACAUUCUGUUGUACUGACUCUUGGCUACUGAGUGGAAAGACAAAUUGUUUCAGAUUGAAUUGACUCAUUCUCAGCCUUAGAUAAAACUCACUCGCCACAUGAGGAAGUUGAAGGCCUAACUUUCAGUGCUUCAAGUGUCUAUUACUCUGUUUCGUCAAGCUGGGGUUUCUUUGAUGGGAUGUGAAAAACCUAUGUGCUGUUUCAUGUGUAGUCUCACAUCUUUUUCAUCCUUGUUUUAGAAAAAUAUUGCCCCCCAAUCUAAUCCCUGCACUUGAGCUGCCCUAUCACUAUAACCCCUGGUUCCACACAGGAACCUUGAUUUUCAUUUACCUCAGGUGAAUUCGGGCAACGCGACAACCAAACGCAUAGUAUAUUUGGGUAUAUAGGUGUGGGACCUCUACUUUGUAAUGGCGGCAUUAACAGACAAUGUUUGUGCACUGAUUUGUCAGUUGAUGGUGGUAGAUGUCUUAUUGGUCCAUGAUGUGUAGCUAUUCACUAUCAACUAUAUGUUCAACAUUUCAUGUCUUUCUCUUUGAGCUCCUGCUUUGCUUUUGGACCAAAGUCCCUUUGGCCAAAAUAAAGAAAAAAUGUAAUAUACAGAAUGAGAUGUCUUCCAAGAAGAUUGUGAAAAAGGGUCAAAUAAAAUGGAAUGUCUAAUAGGUC